AUGAACUACGGCAAGAGGGACGAGGAUGCCGACGGCAGCCUCGUGCGCGUUGACCGCACGCAGGUCUUCCAAGAAGCUCGUCUUUUCAACCGCUCCCCCAUCCAACCGCGCCAAUGCCGCAUCCUGCUCACCAAGAUCGCCCUGCUGCUCUACACCGGCGAGCGUUUCCCGACGACCGAGGCCACGGAGCUGUUCUUUGGCAUCUCGAAGCUGUUCCAGAACAAGGAUGCCAGCCUGCGCCAGAUGGUCCACCUUGUCAUCAAGGAGCUCGCCCACUCGGCCGAGGACAUCAUCAUGGUCACUAGCACGAUCAUGAAGGACACCGGCGGCAGCGGCGACUUCAUCUACCGGCCCAACGCCAUCCGCGCGCUCUGCCGUAUCAUCGACGCCACCACCGUCCAGUCCAUCGAGCGUGUCAUCAAGACGGCCAUUGUCGACCGCACCCCCUCCGUGUCGUCGGCCGCCCUGAUCUCGUCCUACCACCUGCUGCCCAUUGCCCGCGACGUGGUCCGCCGCUGGCAGAGCGAGACCCAGGAGGCCGCCGCCAACACCAAGGGCUCCGGCGGCUUCUCGCUCGGCUUCUCGUCGUCGAACGCGGCCCCGGUCAACAGCUCGUCCAUGACCCAGUACCACGCUAUCGGCCUGCUGUACCAGAUGCGCAUGCACGACAAGAUGGCUCUCGUCAAGAUGGUCAAGCAGUUUGGCGCCGCUGGCGCCGUCAAGAGCCCUGCGGCGGUUGUACUGCUCGUGCGCCUCGCUGCCCAGCUCGCCGAGGAGGACCCCACACUGCGCCCGUCCAUGGUGCAGCUGCUCGACGGCUGGCUGCGCCACAAGAGUGAGAUGGUCAACUUCGAGGCGGCCAAGGCCAUCUGCGACCUGCGCGACGUGACCGACGCCGAGGUCUCGCAGGCCGUGCACGUUUUGCAGCUGUUCCUGACGUCGCCGCGCGCUGUCACCAAGUUUGCGGCCCUGCGCAUCUUGCACAACUUUGCCUCGUUCAAGCCCCAGGCCGUGCACGUGUGCAACCCGGACAUUGAGCUGCUCAUCUCCAACAGCAACCGGUCGAUUGCCACGUUUGCCAUUACGACGCUGCUCAAGACCGGCAACGAGGCCAGUGUCGACCGCCUGAUGAAGCAGAUUAGUGGGUUCAUGUCCGAGAUCACCGAUGAGUUCAAGAUCACCAUUGUCGAGGCCAUCCGCACAUUGUGCCUCAAGUUCCCCAGCAAGCAGGCUGGCAUGCUCACCUUCCUCAGCGGCAUUCUGCGCGAUGAGGGCGGCUACGAGUUUAAGCGCGCCGUCGUCGAGAGCAUGUUUGAUCUGAUUAAGUUUGUACCGGACUCCAAAGAGGACGCCCUGGCACACCUCUGCGAAUUCAUCGAGGACUGCGAGUUCACGAAGCUGGCCGUCCGCAUCCUGCAUCUGCUGGGUAUCGAGGGCCCCAAGACCUCGCAGCCGACCAAGUACAUCCGCUACAUCUACAACCGGGUCGUGCUCGAGAACGCCAUUGUGCGUGCGGCGGCUGUGACGGCCCUGGCCAAGUUCGGUGUCGCCCAAAAGGACCCCGAAGUCAAGAAGAGCGUGCAGGUGCUCCUCUCGCGCUGCUUGGACGACGUCGACGACGAGGUCCGCGACCGUGCCACUCUGAGCCUCCGGUUAAUGGAAGAGCCGGACGAGCUGUCGACGCGCUUUGUUAAGAACGAAAACAUGUACUCCCUGUCCUACUUUGAGCACCAGCUCAUCACAUACGUCACGGCCGACGACAAAGAAACCUUUGCCGCGCCGUUUGACGUCUCCACGAUCCCUGUCGUCACACGCGAGCAGGCCGACGCCGAGGACCGGACAAAGAAGCUCACGGCAACGGCCCCGACGCUCAAGGCUCCCAAGCUCGGCCCGAGCAAGACGCCCGCGACGGGCGCCGAGGCUGCCGCCACCGCGUCGGCUCAGGCCCAGAAGUACGCGCAGGAGCUGCUUCAGAUCCCCGAGAUGAAGGAGUUUGGCGCCGUGCUCAAGUCGUCGCCUGUCAUCGAGCUGACCGAGGCGGAGACCGAGUACGUCGUCAGCGUCGUCAAGCACAUCUUCAAGGAACACAUUGUGCUGCAGUACGAGGUCAAGAACACGCUCCCCGAGACCGUCCUGGAGAACGUGUCGGUGGUGGCCACGCCGUCCGACGACGAGGAGGUCGAGGAGGUGUUCAUCCUGCAGGCCGAGCGCCUGGCCACCGACGAGCCGGGCAAGGUGUACGUGGCGCUGCGCAAGCUGGGCGGUGCGGACGCGCUGCCGACGAGCAGCUUCUCCAACGUGCUCAAGUUCACCAGCAAGGAGAUCGACCCGACGACGGGCGAGCCCGAGGAGACUGGCUACGACGACGAGUACGAGGUGUCCGAGUUCGAGCUGGCCGGCAGCGACUACGUCAUCCCGACGUUUGCCAGCAAUUUUGCUCACCUGUGGGAGCAGAUUGGCGCGUCGGGCGAGGAGUGUGAGGAGACGUUGCAGCUCAGCGGCGUGAAGAGCAUUGCUGAGCAACUCGCCAAGACGCUGUCGCUGCAGCCGCUCGAGGGCACCGACAUUCCGAUGAGCCAGACAACGCACACGCUCAAGCUGCUGGGCAAGACAGUCAACGGCGGCCGCGUCGUUGCCAACGUCCGCAUGGCCUACUCUUCCAAGUCGGGCGUGACCACCAAGGUGACGGUCCGCAGCGAGGAGGAGGGUGUGUCGGCUCUUGUUGUCGCCGCCCUCGGCUAA